AUGAAGACAGAGGAUCGCUUGUUUGAAGUAGUCGCCAGCUUUCUUCAUCUUUGUUUACACGUAAGUGGUCUUGUAAUCAGAGAAGAACCAGCAGAUACAGUCUCCACACACGUUGGUCCCGAUCAGUUACGUACUGCUACUCUCUACUGCAGGACAAUCUCUCGAGAUAAUUUGACAAUCACUACUUGGUACAAAGAUGACGUCAACGUAGAAGAGGGAAGUUUACCUUUCUAUAACAUAACGAAAGAAAGUCUUGUGGUUCAAACUACAGAUCCACAUGAUACCGGAGAAUCACUAGAAAGAUUGUAUUAUUGUGUGAUCAACAACGGGACGGUAGCGGUCAGAAGUAAGAGCGCGUAUAUUAGAGGAGAUCGUUCCAUUUUCUUUGUUUCUCCAUUGACCGGAGCUUUUUCCACGCAAGCAACAGUUGCAGUAGCUCAAAGUGGUUACUUACAACUACCAGUAUCGGACAACAGACCUUUCUGCUUAGUUGAAUGUCAAAAUGUCACUAUCAGUUGUACAUCUACAAGCUGUUCAUUUUGGCAUGACGUAUCUGUGACUGGUCGACUCGUCGUUUUCUCCGUCCUUCACAUCAGAUACAGUGAAAUCAGAAACAACAUUGACAAAUGUAGAAAUGAAAACACAAUACGUGUCAUCGGUACAAUUGGAACACCUCGAAUUGAAGGAACGUUUACCUUUAAAGGCUAAAUUUUAGUUGAAUAAUUAGAUAACAAAUAAAGGGUUUACGUUUGUGUGUUGUAAUGGAUGAUUGUCGUUCUAGAUACUAUAUCAUUGGUUCCAAGGGUUUAUAUUAAAAAUCAAAGUAUUUUUGCUAAAGUUGGUAGCAACGCAACCCUUUACUGCAUAAUAUCCAGUCUUAGUAGCAGCUCGUACACGUGGAGUAGAGAUGGUUCUGUGAUUGUUG